AUGAAAAAGUUGAGUUAAUAAAUGCUAAGAAAUGAAAGAAGGUUAAAACCAUAUUUUUAAAUUGAGAUGUAUCUAAUUAUUUGAUCCUUAGAUUUUAAUAAUAAUAAAGAUUAGAUGAUCAAUGUAUAGAGAGAUUAUCAACAGAAUUAAUUUUAUCACAAUCAUAGAAGAUUUUAUCAAUUGAUUUAAUAAAGAAGUAUUUAAAUAGUAAUUUAAAGAUGGCAUUUAGAUUUAUCUAAUUUAACAGAUAGAAGUGUUAAGGAUUUAAGCUAAAGUCUUUCAAAAUUAUCAAGAUUAGAUCAAUUAAAUUUAGAACUUUAUGGGUAAAUUACCUUUUUUAAUUAUUAAAUAGUUGGGGUUAUUGGAAUGAGAAUAUUACUGAUAGUUCUUUAAAUUAUUUAAGUUAAGCUAUCUUAUUAUAAAAUAAAUUGAGUGAAUUUAAAUUAGAUUUGAAUAUGUGGGCUUAUGAAAAUUAGAGAAUAACAGAUAAAGGAAUAGAUAGAUUAUUGAAUGGAAUAAGUUUACUUAAUAAUUUAGAAAGUUUAGAACUUAAUAUGAAAGGUUGGGGAGAUGGUAAUUAUGAAAUAACAGAUAAUACAAUAAUAAGAUUAUCUAAAUGUCUUAAGAAACUAAAAAAUUUAUCAGAAAUUAAACUCAUAUUGUAAUUUCUAUUAUAUAAUAAAUAGAUGGAAAAAUAUUGGAUUAUAAGCAACUAAAUAAUUAAAUAAAACAUUAUCUAAUUUAAAAAAUUUAACAAAAAUUGAAAUUAAAUUUGAAAGGUAUUUAACAUUUUAUAUCAUUAGUUGUUUAUAAUAAUAAAUAAUAUAAAAUGAUAAUAUUGAUUAGAAACUUAUUUAAAUUAAACUUAAUGCUAUACAAAAAAGAAAAUUACUUUUUUAAGUAGAAGGGAUAUUAGUGAGUCUUGAAUAAUUAAUUCCAAAAUUUACUUUAUGGGAUAUUAUUUUAAAAUUAUGA